AUGCCUCACUCGGAAUGGCCCGUGCUUGCACGCAUGGGCAGGACAGCCCGCGGCAGUCCCUCACCGACGCACCACGAACGACUUGAAGGUGUACGCGGCCCCGGAAGAGACGAUCGUGGCCUCCACGCCCUCCACCCGCGACUUGGGCGAGCCGGUGCGGCACCACUCCACGAGGCUGUCGACGCUCUCCCGUGGGCCCUCCGCCAUCACCUCGACGCGGCCGUCGUCCAGGUUGCGCACCCAGCCACGCACCCCGCGCUCCUCCGCCGCGCGGACGGUGUAUUUGCGGUAAAACACGCCCUGCACGCGGCCCCGGACAAAGACGUGGCAGGUCACAAUAGCCGGCUUCGGGGCUGA